UGCUCCCCAACUGAAGCUUAACAGGUUGGUGGUAUAAUUUGGAGACUUUAAGGAGUGUCAGAGCUUAGGCAAGAGUCAGGGCAUCUUCUGUCUCCCCAGGAAUCGACCAGCUGGGUUUGCCAAGCAGGCAGGUGAGGGAAGGAAGGAGCUAGAAGCGGGUAAGGUGGGUACGAGCUCUCAGCAAAGUUUGAGAGGGGCCUAUGGCCAUGGGCGAUCCAGGCACUCAGAAGACCAGCGAUGGCACUGUUUCUCGCCUGCUCAAUGUGGUGGAAAGUGAGCUUCAGGCAGGGAGGGAGAAAGGUGACCCCACUGAGAAGCAACUUCAGAUCAUCCUGGAGGAUGCACCCCUCUGGCAGAGAUUCAAGGAAGUCACUAAUGAAAUGAUUGUGACCAAGAAUGGCAGACGGAUGUUCCCUGUCCUAAAGAUCAGUGUCACUGGACUGGACCCCAAUGCCAUGUACUCCCUCCUGCUGGACUUUGUUCCAACGGACAGUCACCGCUGGAAGUACGUCAAUGGGGAAUGGGUACCUGCGGGCAAGCCAGAGGUCUCCAGCCAUAGCUGUGUCUACAUCCACCCCGACUCCCCCAACUUUGGGGCCCACUGGAUGAAAGCUCCCAUCUCCUUCAGCAAAGUGAAGCUGACCAACAAGCUCAACGGAGGUGGGCAGAUAAUGCUGAACUCUCUGCACAAGUAUGAACCCCAGGUUCACAUAGUGCGCGUUGGAGGUGCCCAUCGAAUGGUCAUGAACUGCUCCUUCCCUGAAACCCAAUUCAUAGCUGUCACUGCCUAUCAGAAUGAGGAGAUCACAGCUCUCAAAAUCAAGUACAACCCUUUUGCCAAGGCCUUCCUGGAUGCCAAGGAAAGGAAUCACUUAAAAGACAUUCCAGAGGCUAUCUCUGAGAGCCAGCAAGUUGCCUACUCUCACUUGGGAGGCUGGAUCUUUUCCAAUCCGGAUGCCAUGUGUGCGGCAGGAAAUACCAAUUACCAGUAUGCUGCUUCUUUGCCUCUGCCUGCUCCCCACACCCACCAUGGCUGUGAGCACUACUCUGGCCUCCGAGGACACCGGCAGGCUCCCUACCCUUCUGCGUACAUGCAUAGAAACCAUUCUCCCUCAGUGAAUUUGAUAGAAAGCUCAAGCAAUAAUCUGCAAGUUUUCUCAGGACCUGACAGCUGGACUUCCUUAUCCUCCACACCCCAUGCCAGCAUCCUGUCUGUGCCCCACACCAAUGGACCAAUCAAUCCAGGGCCCAGCCCCUAUCCAUGCCUGUGGACCAUCAGCAAUGGAGGUGGGGGCCCUGCUGGAUCAGGCCCAGAGGUGCAUGCUGGCACCCCAGGAGCAUUUCUUCUUGGUAACCCAGCUGUGACUUCGCCCUCCUCUGUACUUCCUACCCAAGCAUCUACUUCAUCUGGUGUGGAGGUCCUGGGGGAGCCCUCGCUAACCAGCAUUGCUGUGUCCACCUGGACAGCAGUGGCCUCGCAUCCUUUCCCAGGCUGGGGAGGCUCAGGUGGGGGUGGGCGCCAUUCUCCCUCCUCUUUGGAGAGUUAGGCAGGAUCCCAGGAGCCUCUAUCAGCAGAGAACCUCUAUGUACCCGAUCUUCUGAUUCUAGUGAGUCAGACUGUGGAGCCUCCUCACCCAGGAGGCUGGAGGGCAGGGUAAAUUAUUCCAGAAGUCCUUCUGGGAGGUAGUUUAGUUUGGAUGAUGGUAAUUAUGCCACUUGCAGUGCUCCACCAUUUUCCUUGGCACUCCCAUUUUUCUCUGAGCUUAUCAUUGCUAUGCUUAGAUGAUAGAAAUCUGCUGAGUACUUUCCCUAUGUCCUGCCCCUUACCUUCCAGUGGUUCUGGAAAGCCUCACUUCUUUUCCCUGGGAGGUGGUGCAUAGUUGUGAAGUGAACUUGAAGUUUAUCUAGCAAGGCCAGUGCUUCCUAACUUUGCACAGGCCUGGAAAUUAUGUGUGUUUACAGAGCUCAGGCUAGCUUCUGCUUUGAGACCAUGAGAGGGUGUGAGUCCAUUUUAACAAAAAUGAUAAAGUUAAUCAUGUAUUACUCACGAUAGUGUGCUUGGAAUGAGAAAAUGUACUGUCUUGUUAAGAUACCUCCAGUGGCUCACCAUUGUCUAAGAAUGAAGUCAGAUCUUUUUCUUCUAAGGAGAUUCUCCUUUCUGGCCUCCCACCACUUCUCUAGCCUUGGCUUCCUCUGUUAGCUCCUUAUCAUGACCUACUCCAGCCAAGGUAGACAACCAUCUGUCCUCUUGCCCUCUUCACCCCUGGUAUCUGAAGUGUCCUCCCUCCAGUCCCAUCUGUGUGAAUACCCACAUGGCAGGGAUUUGCCAAAAGACCACACGCUGCAUUAAUCACCUGAGGUAGCAUAUUGAAUCUUUCUCUUUGCCCUGCUCUUCCACCAUUUUUUCUUCAAUCAUAGAGGUCACCUCAUUUUGCUUCAUAUUUUUGUUACCUGUGAGUGUAUCUGUUUCCCUACUAGACUGUAAGCCUCUUGGGGUGAGGCCUAACUUUCCUCUCUUUGUGCCCACAGCACUAGGCACUGUGCCUUGCCUACCACAGGGGCCCAAUAAACA